UUUCCCUUCAGGAGACAAAGGAGGAGGGCGCGCCACGCCGAGAGGUCCGGCUCCCGUCUCCGCCCCGUUCCCGAGUUUGUUUGGGUCCUCCGCAGUUGCGUCCUGGUGUGGUGGAAGAUGGAAGGCUACAAGCUUUUCCUGGCCUUCCUGGCCUCCGCGUUGCUGCUCGGCUUCCUCUCCGUCGUCUUCGCCCUGGUCUGGGUCCUCCACUACCGCGGGGGGCUCGGCUGGAACGGGGACUCGGCCGAGUUCAAUUGGCACCCGCUCCUCAUCAUCGCGGGCUUCGUGUUCAUCCAAGGGAUCGCAAUUAUUGUAUACAGGUUACCCUGGACCUGGAAAUGCAGCAAAUUUUUUAUGAAAUUAAUCCAUGCAGGGUUACAUACCAUUGCUCUGAUACUUGCUAUUAUUUCCCUGGUGGCUGUUUUCGAUUUCCAUAAUGGUCAGAAGAUUCCUAACAUGUACAGUCUACACAGCUGGAUUGGACUGACUGCUGUAAUUCUUUAUGCUCUACAGCUUGUUUUAGGCUUUGUGGUCUUCCUACUUCCCUUUGCCCCCCCUUCUCUUCGGACAGCUGUUAUGUCAAUACACAUAUAUUCCGGUCUUCUCAUCUUUGGAACAGUGAUUGCCACAGCCCUAAUGGGAAUUACAGAAAAACUUUUUUUUAGUCUGAAAAAACCUCCCUAUAGCAGUUUCCCAGAAGAAGGUAUUUUUGUCAAUGCUCUGGGUGUCCUGAUUGUCGCCUAUGGGGCUGUAAUUUUGUGGAUAGCUACAAGGCCUCAAUGGAAGCGCCCACUCGAACACAUUUUCCUAGCCCAUCAGAGAAUUGGAGAAGGACUCAGUGAUGAUGACAGUCAUAAUCCAGAUUUGGAGUUCAACGGUGAUGGAGCUGCUAGGAAAAGAAAUCCCAAAUCUGAUGAAGUUGGACAGAGAUCAACUACGUAAAGAAAGUAUAUAACAACAUUUGCAAUGAAGAAAACUCACUCACCCUAUUCUCUCCCAGCUCUUCGACACAUUAUACUUUGCUUUAUUAAAGAAUUUCUGAAUAAAUGAGAAGUGUUAGUAAAGACUAAUUUUAGAAAUAUCUAUGUUCAUAGGGUGCCACUAGGGUAACUUGUACUGUAUUUCUUGAUAAUUUUGAAAAAAAAAAAACAACCUGAAAUUAUCACCAGGUUAGCUGCAUGAAAUACUUUUUCAUUGAUUUUGACUGAUGGAAGUACAAAAUAAACAAUUAGGUUUCAGAUAUUGGAAGAAAGUUAUAAAGAAAAAGAGCACUCCAGUGAAUAAAAUGGCUAAAUACCUUGAUACUUAUUAUGGAAACAAGUUCAAGCUUGUUUCCAUAACACUAUGGAACUUCUGGCCAUCUUGAAUGAUUGAUUCCACAAUUCAUUCUUAAUCAUUAUUUCUUGACUUGUGAUGUUGCUUUCCAUUGGCACUGGUGAAAGAACUAUGUGCUCUGCAGU